AUGCCUGCAUUUCAUGAGACUGUUCCUAGUCCGGAGAUCUACGGACCGGGCACCUUCGUUGACAAGAGCUUUCUUGCUGUCCCCGAAGACGCUCGCCGGGUGUUUGAAAUCCUGGCGAAUGCAACGCCGAACUUCACGAAAAGCUCGCGCGUGUGGGACUCAGUCAAGUUUGAGGGUCAUGACAGACCUAUGAUUCCUGGGCCUCUCAAGGCCCCGGUCGUGGCCGCUGCACUUCACGCUAUGUGCGGCGUCGUCGCCAAUGAGCUGUUAGCUACACGCGAUAGUCCAGAGUUGGCAGAGCAAGGCGUCACUGUCAAUACCGACCACGCCGCAAUCUGGCUGGGAUCCAUUCUCACUGUUAAAUUGAAUGGAUCCGACUUGAGCGAGCGGCUCCAUGAGGGCGAAGCCUCCGCUUCUAUUUUCGACCAUGAUUUCCAGAAGGGCGUUUUUGAUAGUACUCUUCGACUCCGAACGACUGCCAUUUAUCCAACCAAAACUUCUGGUGUUUGGUAUCAACUGCAUGGAUCGCUCCAUGCGGAUACUGUCCUUGAGGCAAUCGGAGUUGAUCCUACGACAAAAUGCAAGUCUCCAGCUGAGGCUUAUAGCGUUAUUCGCGAGCAAACUCAGAAGUUCUCAGCUGAUGAGCUGGAGAUGAUGAUGGUCAAGAACGGGUUUUGUGGAAGCAUUUGUCACACUCCCGAGGGAUGGGGGAAGACCCUUAUGGGGAAGCGGCUCCAGAGCCACCCCUUGGUGAACUAUUCCCUCCAAUCCCAUGCUGUUCGAACACCUGUGAGCCCGUUGCCGGUCGUUCCAGAUGAUAAACGCCCGUUAGCUGGUAUCAAAGUUCUAGAGCUUGUUCGAAUCAUUGCCGGUCCGGUCAUUGGUACUACCUUGGCUGCACUUGGGGCUGAUGUCAUUCGCGUCAACUGCAGCAAACUUCCUGAUCUUAAUGCUUUGCAAUUGACAUUGAAUGCUGGAGUCAGGACCAUCGAUCUCGACCUCACCAUUGAUGAAGAUGUAGCGCGACUACGGGAGCUUGUUCAAGACGUGGACAUUUUUAUUCAGGGCUUCCGACCGGGCUCACUGGAGAGGAAGGGCUUCGGUCUAAACAAUCUCUUGGAAACAGCUGGCAAGAGAGGGAAGGGUAUUGUCUACGUGGAAGAAAAUGCCUAUGGGCCAGAUGGACCUUAUCACGAGAGACCUGGCUGGCAGCAAAUUGGAGAUGCCGCCUCCGGUGCCUCCUUUGUAACCGGAAGAUCCCUCGGCCAUACUGAUGGGACAAGUGUCCUACCACCUCUUCCAAUCUCGGAUAUGACCACGGGUCUAGUUGGGGCCCUCGGAGCUCUAAUGGCUCUUCGGGACCGUACAUGGAGUGGAGGUUCAUAUCGCGUGCUGAGCUCCCUGGUCGCCGCUGAUGCAAUUUCGCUUCGCCCUGAGAUUGGACUGUAUUCGCCGGACGUGGUGCGCGAGACCAAUGAGGUCUUCAAGUGGGAAGUCAUGGAACCUUCUCAAUAUGUUUCAGAGUUGCUCGUGGUCGUAUUGAAUGGAUGGAAGAGGGUCUUCCCGGAUUAUUUUGCUGAUGGAUCGUCCAUCAUGACAGUGUUCGAAAAUAGUCAUUGGGGCCAUUUACAGUUCCUCAGCCCAGUGGUCAAGCUUGCAAAUGAUUCUGUGACUCCUCAUUGGACUACGCCAUCUGUUCCGCUUUGUCAUUAUCCUCGAAACACCUCGUGGAUUUGUAAUCGU